CCCGUCUUCUCUACGUUCUCCGCGUCUUCUGACCUCGUCGCAUGCACCACCCCCCUCAACAGCGGUUUCCCCAGGAGGAGGUCGGCUAAACCAUCUCCCUGGGCCAACCGGGAAGCGUUUUUCUUCGUUCCUCGUUUCUUCCUCCACUUCUCUCUCUCACGUGCAAGAACGGGUGCAGAUUCGCUCUCUUUCUCUCUUCUCUCGUCUCUCUCAAGGGCACAGUCUCAGCUUGCUGAUACGCACCUGCUGCUGCUAGCUGCGCCUCGUCUUCCAGGCCGGUGUCCUGCACAGCUUCGAGGCCGCCCUGAGACGAAACGCUUUCUCUGCUUCUUUUCUGUUUCACCCUCGGUCUGCAUGUCGCUCUUUGCGGUCCAUGCACACAUUCUUCCUGACGGCUUGUCACCAGAUGCAGAUGCGCAUUGAAUUUGAAAGCUGCUCUUCGCCCCUCCGCAGAAACGACUGGGAACACUACGGAAUGACGCACAGUUUUUCAAGACACGCAUACAUACAUAUAUAUAUGUAUAUAUAUGUAUAUAUAUGUGUGUGUAUGUACAUAAUCCAUAUACAUUUACAUAAAUAUAUGUAUAUAUAUGUAUAUGUAUAUAUGUGUAUAUACACGUUGUAUCCGAUGAGGGAAGCGGGCAGGGGGACAAGUUGCGCGUGAGUUGGGGGAGAAUGGAGAGGCAGUUGAGUCUUCUUCCUCCGUUGCCUCUUCCGUCGUCUCUUCGUGUCGGCGGCAGGCAGAAAACCGGAGUUUUCUCGCCGUUGGGUUUGCAGGAGAAGACGACGCCGAUUCCUUCUCCGCAAAAUGCAGACGCGCUGUCGCAGGCGGAGGUCCUUUCUCGCCUCUGCUCUCCUUCCUCGCUGUCUGCUUCUUCUGCGUUUUCAGCAGUUCGAGACGCCUCAUCUGGGAGACGCCUGACAGGACGCGGAAGCGAGGGCGAAGCUCUGGCGCAAGUGCGAGAUGAAAAUGCGCUGUCUCUUAACCGCCUCGCGGCCUCUCAGCCAACUCAGACGUCUCGCAAACGAAAGUCCUGGCUGCUCAGUCAACUCCCAGAAGAAAACGAACCGUCUCCGCUCGCAGAGGCUUCGAAGAAAGAACACUCUCGACCGACCCCCCUCUCCUCGAUUCGGAGACCUGAGACUGUCCAGCGCCUCUCCUCUUCCAACAUCAGGUCCAGCUCUCGGUCGUCCUCUCGCUCCUUCUCUUCUUCCUCCUCCUCGUCCGCUCCGCUUCGAGUCGCGUCUCUCCAUUCCGCCUGUGGAGCAAGUGCAGGUGAAGAAAAGCUGGUCUUGUGUACUCCGGGGAGACCGGACUUGGUGUCUCCUUCGGCUUCCCGGAGCGUCGUCGGCUUCGCGGCUGCGCAUGCAUGCACGCCGUCGGUGAAACCGGAGUCGCCGCUUCUGGGGCUCGACCCCUUCCAGCCUGUGGUGUCUGUACACUCCGGGCCGUUCUCGUGUUCGCGGAAGCGCUUCGGCUCGCCGCUGUUUGUCUCGCCGUCUAUCGUGCGGAUUUCGCCUGUCUCUCUGAAGCGCUCUCGGACCGACGACCGACCUCGAGCUGUCCCCGUCGACUUCGAGUGUACACUCAGCGAAAGGCGACACAAAGCGAAGCUCGCCAGCCAGCCAGAGCAGGGCAGCGAGACAGGUGGAGACAUUCCGGGGACCCGAGAGCUCCCACAAAGCCAGGCUGGCGAAAGAGACACAUCGUCUCCCCACACGCCCCCCUCGCUCUGCUUUCCGCCUCUCCUGUCUCCGCGACUCUCAGCCGAACAGGGAGGAGGCGGUGCACCCCACAGCGAACAUGCGACUUUGUCUCCCCACUUUCUCUCGGCACUCGAGAGGAGAACUGUGCAAAGCCGCGCAACUGUCUCCGCCGCGUCUUCUCUCGGAGAGUCGCCUGCUCAACGCGGAACGCCGAGGAUGCGCAUGUCCACGGGAGUGUGUGUCGCCGCGUCGAACGCGUCCGGUGUCUCCGCUUCGACUGUCUGCGGCGUCUCUGCUCGCGCGAGUCUCCGCCGUUUGUCGGCGACGCUCCCGGGCUCGUGGGUCCCGGGACUCUCGAUUGGAGACACCAGGUACGCCGGAAGAUGGGAGGAAGAAAAAAGCGUCGUUGCGUCUCCUCAUCCUUUCCACGCGCAGGGACGCCCCUCGCUUCCAUCGCUGGCGCUCGCAGGAGGGCAUGCUGGCGACGGAUUUCUCAGCUCCGAAAGAGACCUGGAGGGAUCUGCUUCAGCGGCACCUGCUGCUGCCUCUUCACCGCUUCUCGCCUGCGUCCCAGUUUCUCCUAGACUAGAAGAGAGACAGGAGACAGAACGAGAAGAGACGAACUCGAGACUCUGUGAGACAGCGGCGCCGGAUGCUUCGCCAGCGGUCGUACGAUCGGUGCGGCGCGCCUCCUCUGCGUGGCGACCCCACAGUGGUGCUGAGCCUGCUGGCAAGGGCGAAGGUCGGAGACACUUUUCGACACAGGUGUCUCCGUUCGUCCUCUCCUCAGGAGACAGCGGAGCGCUGGGAGGAGAAGAACUGCAGUCUCGCAGUCGCGGCGAAGAACGUGCAGGGAGAGAGGUAGGGAGAGAGACAGGGGACAAGGGAGAACUGAGAGGAGAGCCUGGUACUGGAAAAAGGAGAAGAAUGUCAAUUGGGAGCCUUUUCUCGCUGGUGUCGUCGGGGGUGCGUUUGCUCUCAAGCGCAGCGCCUGUUCUAGCCAGCUCAGUGCAUCUGUCUCAGCGAGACGCGGGAGAAGAGGCACAGGCACGGCCAGAGGAACGCCCAGAAGAGACAACUGGAGCCGGCAGCGGCCUAACCGUAGACGGAAGAGAGAGGGGGGAAGAAAACGCAUGCGCUCAAUUAACAGAGACAGAGGCACACGCCGACAGCGCCGAAGCUGGGCAAGGCGCGAAGGGCGUGGAACCAGAGAGAACGGAGGUCGCAUGCAGAGAAGAAGGAGAGAAGGAAAACACGGGGGGAAGCGAGAAUGAAGACAAUCGAUGCAGCGGUGCCUUCUCGAGUCGCGAGGCGCGCCAAAGAGAAAGCAAACUGGGGCGUCCUCGAACAGCCAAGGAACUGCUGAAGGCAGGAGGUCAGGAAGUGCAGAGUCCUGAGUUCUCUCCGACUUCCGAACCGGCUUUGGUGUCUCCUGUCUCUCAACCUGCCCCCCCUCUUGCUGAUGCUCCUUGUGCCUCCUCCAGUUCCCCUGCAGAAUCGUUGCGUCUCUUGCCUUUUUCUGCCGCUUCUUCUGCAUCGGCUGCAUCUUGUUCUCUCUCUUCUGCUUCGUCCUGUUCUCUCUCUUCAUCUGCCUUUCUUUCAUCUCUCUCCUGUCCCUCUCUCCCCUCCUCUUCCUCUCCCGCUCUCUCCUCUUCUUCCUCUUCUUCCUCUUCUUCCUCUUCCUCUCUGUCUGUGUCCACUUCUCCCUUGUUGUGUUCGCUUUCUCCGUCUCCUUCUCCUCCUUCUCCCGCCGUGUCUCCGUUUGCGACUCAGCUACUGCCUCCGACUUUGCCGCCUCCGCUGUCGAAGAGCCGCCGAAGGCGUUCGAGCGGCGCAGCGUUGCUGCUCCUCAGUGGCAACGCAGGCUCGGCUUCGUCUCUCCGUGCAGGCCUUUGGAAGAAGCGAGCGCGAGCAGAGGGCCUUGCGGCUUGUGAGCAUGCAGGAAGAGUGUCUGAGGGCGCAGAAGGCGCGAGGCUGGCCGCGGCGCAGACUCAGGCCUCUGGAGAGGGCUCACACGGAGACAAGGAGAACAAGACCGGAGACGAGACAAGCGAGAACGCAGCCAAGGACACCCGAGAUGGAGACGAACAAGAGGGCUCAGAGUCGCAGGGGAAGGAGGAGCAGCAUGGACCUUCUUUCGUCGCGAACCUCGAAGAAGGAGGAGGGAGAGAUCAAGAGGGAGAACGAGAGAGAGGGGUGUAUGGAGGCGGCAGGAGAACACGGAGGCGUCUGACAGAGGCAGCGUUCGACGAAGAAGGCGACGACGAAUUCCUGACUGCAGCCAUUUGCUGCUUCGGGCCAGCGUUGACAGAAGAGGAAACGAAGCAGAUGCGCGAGCGAGAACGGCGAGAAGAAGAGCGCCGUCGACAAGAGGAGGAGAAGGAGGAGGAGCGAAGGCGCCUCGCGCUGGCCGCGGAAGAGAUGAAGAGACGAGAAGAAGAGAAGAAAAGGGAGGAGUUGAAGAAGCAAGAAGCACAGAAGCAGCGGCAAGCGGAAGAGAAGAAGAGACGAGAAGAAGAGAAGAAAAGGGAGGAGUUGAAGAAGCAAGAAGCAGAGAAGCAGCGACAAGCGGAAGAGAAGAAGAAGCUCGAAGAAGAACACCAACAGAUGCGACGAGCAGUGACGUCUCAAGGCCAGCCGCCUGCUCUGUUCUCUUCCGUGCCUUCCCCUCCAGCAACGACUGUUCCUUCGGCUUCCGCGUCUCAGUCCCCCGCCUCGCUCUCGUCCUCACACGCUCCUGUCUCUUUGGGGGCGUCUGUCUCUCCGCCGACAGCGCCUGUCUCCGCUCAACCAGACGCUGCCUCGGGAGGAACUUCCGUGGGGGUUGGCGCCCAGCCUUCAGAUCCUCCCCGGCGGCCUCGUCUGCGAAUCCGACGAACAAUGGGAGCGAAUCCUCAAGAAAACUCAAACGCGCCAUCCCUUCCUUCUCAGGCCUCGCCCGCGACUUUCUCUUUCCAGCCUCCAAGCCCCGUUCCUCUCUUGCCAGGACAACAGCCUUCUUCUCCCUUCCCCUCUUCUUCUCCUUCUCCCUUCCCCUCUUCUGCUCCUUCUCCCUUCCCCUCUUCUUCUCCUUCUCCCUUCCCCUCUUCUUCUCCUUCUCCGUUCCCCUCUUCUGCUCCUUCUCCCUUUUCACAGCUGCCUGGUCCGGUUGCGUCGCACUGCGCCGUCUCUGGUUCCGGCGCGGCUUCUGCAGAAAGUGGAUUGGAAGCCGCAGGCUUUGGCAGCGCCGCGCGGUUCGUCCCCGGCGGCGGCGGACCUCAGGCCCCCAGUGCCUUUGCCUUCCGGCCGGGUGGCGGCUUUCGCGGUCGCAGAGGCGGGCGCGGCAGGCGCUGAUAGAGAAAAAUCCAAACAUUCAGACUCUGACCGUCAAUUCGAAAAUUAAGCUGAAACUCGACAAAUUCGCAUAAGUUGAAAAUUCCCUUGGAAUUCAGAAAAUGCCUUUAAAUUCAAAAAAUACCAAAAAUCUCUUUCGCUCCUGUCUAGGGUCGCUAGGUACCCUUUGGGAGCACAGUGGCGAAGGAAAGAGAGGAAAACGAGAUCUCGAGCCUCGUUCAAGAUUCAAGAAAGACUGCAUGCGACGAGGAGAGAAGGCGAGGACAUCCUUGACCAGACUGUUCUGGUCGGUGGUGUACGGAUGCUUCUCUUUUUGUGAGUUUACAUCGUUUUUCUUGGCCUUUCGUGACGAGACAAGCUAAGUUCACGAUAUAGAGGGUGACGGGGAUAGAAACGAAAGUUGUCUCUUGGCAAAAGAAUGCUGGGAUGUUUUUAUCACAAACAGGAACCGACAGUCUUGUCAGUUUGCCGUUUCGCUUGGUAGCCGCAACCAUUUGAUUUUCUGUGCCUCAGGGGCUCCGCCUCAGUGAAAGAGCCGCCGCAUGCAGCCGGCCUCCGUUUGUCUAAAGCCGUUAUAGAAACGUAAACACCUGUCACUUGUCCAAUCGCUUUGAUGGAAGGGAGAAGGCCGCGGCCUCUUGCUGAGAGGCUCCUGGGAUGGAGGAGUCAAGUUUCGCCCUCUACGGCUGCAGCCGCUUCAGCAAAUGAGUCCUGCCUCUUGGCUGGCUUUGACUGUGUCUACCUACUGAAACCACUGAGGCCAUGCAUAUGCUUUUCCCCUGCGCAAGAAAACGACGCAGCCGCUGGUCGUUCAGAUCUCG